UCUGCGGACGGCACCAGAUGGCGUGAGACGGCUAAUUUCCACGCCGGACCCAGCGACGGUCUCACCGCCUUAAAAUCGACACGACGCCUCUCUCGCCGUUCGCUUCCGCUUUCCCCUCUUCUUCGUCGGCUCACUCCGCUGCCGCCAUUCCCGAUCUCUUCAGUAUUGGUUGGUUCCACGGGGAGGAGUUUGACGAAGGAGAAUAUUUGGUACCAUAAAAUUCAUGGAGGCUGAGGCAGGGCUUCUUAAGGUGAUUGUCUCUAGUGGGAGGAAUCUGGCGAUCAGGGAUUUUAUUAGCAGUGAUCCUUAUGUUGUAGUUAAAGUUGGAAAUCAGACUGCAAAGACAAAGGUGAUUAAUAGUUGCCUUAAUCCUGUUUGGAACGAAGAACUAACAUUCCAUGUAAAAGAGCAUCUAGGUGUACUGAGAAUGGAAGUAUUUGAUCGGGACACAUUCAAGUUUGAUGACAAAAUGGGGCACGCCUUCCUUGAUCUGCAGCCCCUCGCCUCUUCUUCGAAGCUCAAACAAGCUCUGCAGCUCACCACUGGUGAGACAAGGCUGAGGAGACUAACUCCAGACAGGGACAACUGCCUCUUGGCUGAUAGCUUUAUCACAUACACCAAUGGCGAAAUUGUGCUGGAAGUAGGUCUGAGGCUUUGUGAUGUGGAGUCCGGUGAGUUAUAUGUCACAGUUAAGUGGAUCGAUCACCCAAUUGCUUCAGACUGUCGAAAAGAGAGGUAAUUAAAUUUCCCUGUCUGGCUUUGUUGUGAAAUGGAAACAAUGACUUGUAAAUAUUUCACAAUGUUGUCAAUCACUAUAUCUAUCAGGAUCUUAGUUUGUCCCGUAAAUAGAUUAGUAGUUGAAUUCUGUGUACAGCUGCAGAUACUUGUUACACUGAAUACCAACUUUUAGGCAAUUUGCUAAAGAAAGUUUUCAGUGAUCAAA